GGCGCACAAGAAGCUUUUAGUAUGCGCUGCAAUGCCUAACUGCAGCCCACGCAUCUCAACUAUGGUGAAUUAUGGUGAAAUAUGAGAAACACGGGAAGAGCCGGCAGCUCAAAAACAGUUAGACGUGAUGAGAUGACACAGCCGCUGGACUGAUUAGUCAAAUAGGGGAAGAAGGGCAAAUAUGAAGAAAUAGACGAACGACCUCAAGACACCUUUUGAGAAGAGAAAAACUGGAUUUAACAAAAAAAAUAAUAGGCUACAUGCGUCUGCACAACAACAAGACAAUCGCGGUGAAUUCCUGCAUGCCAUUAGCCUAUCUGAAAUAAUGCUGCCUGCAUUCGGACAGAUAAUGCUAUGCUGCUUUGUUUAGUGCAUGGAGUCUGUUGUGGAUUUCCAUGAUCCACACAGGAUAGGGCUGCAAAUGGCUUGAGCAUGUCUGGCACCUGCCCCUCCAAACUAACUCGCGCUUGCAGUCAACUACAACAUUUCCAUUUAAUGUCUGAAAAUGCAUGAACUUGGCUGCUUGGACUCAAAUUUAUUAGCAAUAGUUUAUUUCGCCAUCAGAGGAUUGGUUUAAUCCAUGGAAUGAGUUGUGAACGCAUUCUGUUUCUUAGUAAUGUGCAUCACUGGUGUAGUCAUAUGGAUAUUCCCCAUCCGAAAAAAAGGACGGUGAUAUUUACGUUGAUGUUAAUUAAAGUAACAAUUGUUUAAACAACUUAGGAAUCAAACAGGUGAUUCCGCGUUAUUUAUUAAAUCUGCUGAAGCGUCGGUGCCUUUCACAGUAUCUUUUCUUCAGUAAGUCUACUGAUGCCAGGCAACAAGGCUGUCGUUGUUUUUGUUUCGGGCGACGGCAUAGUGUCAUGUUAAAUUUAACUGAUGUCAGGAUUUUAAAUGUGUUUAAGCGCAAACCACUUGCCCCCACCGUCGUCCCCGACCAGCUUCAGCCUGUAGCGUAGCUGCACCUCGGCAUGUGCCCGCUGGUCACUGAAGCGAUGGAGGUAACUCCUGCAUCCUCACACCUUGUCCCCUCUCCCAUUCCCAUUGCCGCCUUGCUGCAGCGCCAGAGCUUCGGAUGAUAUAUGAGUGACAGGAAGGAGCUGCUUGGACCGAGGGGAGUGACUCAGGACCGGGCACUGCUGGACUGCUUAAGAUUUACCAGCAGAGGACAUACUGUAAACAAGCCCCAUACGUGCCUGUGAAAAGCAGUAGCAGGCAAAUCUGCCUGACUGUACAAGUGUGUGGAGCCUUUACCUACUUGUGGCCCAACGUGGCCCCGCCCGGUCUGAAAGCUGCAGGUCCCAUCUUCUUCCAUCAUGACGGUCGCUACCAGCGACCCUGCGGAUGAAGCAGCAGCACAUCCAGGUCAGCCCCAUGACCAUUACGACUCGGAUCCAGAUCAUGAAUGCUGCGAGAGGGUUGUCAUUAACAUCUCAGGCUUGCGCUUUGAGACACAGCUGAAGACACUUUCCCAGUUUCCAGAGACACUGCUAGGUGAUCCUAAAAAAAGGAUGAGGUAUUUUGAUCCCCUCCGGAAUGAAUACUUCUUUGAUCGGAAUCGACCAAGUUUUGACGCUAUUCUGUAUUAUUACCAGUCUGGAGGGAGACUGCGCCGACCUGUUAACGUGACUCUUGACAUUUUUUCUGAGGAGAUCCGGUUUUAUGAAUUGGGUGAAGAGGCUAUGGAAAUCUUCAGGGAGGAUGAAGGUUUUAUAAGGGAAGAGGAGCGGCCUCUGCCAGAAAAUGAGUUCCAGAGACAAGUGUGGCUUCUGUUUGAAUAUCCAGAGAGCUCAGGACCAGCUCGCAUCAUUGCCAUAAUCUCUGUCAUGGUGAUUCUUAUCUCUAUUGUCAGUUUCUGUCUGGAGACACUGCCACUUAAUCGAAAUGAAGAUGAGAUGUAUAACUCACUCCAGUCCACAUACAACACCACCUCUCCAUCUGCAAGCUUUUAUUUUACAGAUCCUUUCUUUAUUGUUGAGACGCUUUGCAUCAUCUGGUUCUCUUUUGAGUUCCUAGUUAGGUUCUUCGCCUGUCCCAGCAAAACUGGAUUUUUUGGCAACAUCAUGAACAUCAUUGAUAUUGUGGCAAUCAUCCCGUACUUCAUCACCCUCGGCACAGAACUAGCAGAGCGGCCAGAGGACGGCCAGGCAGGCCAGCAAGCUAUGUCUUUGGCUAUUCUCCGUGUCAUCCGUCUAGUUAGGGUGUUUCGUAUCUUCAAACUCUCACGUCAUUCCAAGGGACUCCAGAUCUUAGGACAGACACUGAAGGCCAGCAUGCGUGAGCUGGGCCUCCUCAUCUUCUUCCUGUUCAUUGGCGUCAUCCUCUUCUCUAGUGCGGUCUACUUUGCAGAAGCAGACGAGCCAGUUUCUCAGUUCAGCAGCAUCCCCGAGGCCUUUUGGUGGGCAGUGGUUUCCAUGACAACCGUAGGCUACGGAGACAUGGUCCCAACAACUAUUGGGGGGAAGAUUGUGGGGUCUCUCUGUGCAAUUGCCGGUGUGCUGACUAUUGCCCUGCCUGUACCUGUCAUUGUAUCAAAUUUCAACUACUUCUACCACAGAGAGACAGAAGGUGAGGAGCAGGCACAGUAUCUGAAUAUCCCAAGUGUGCCUAAAGCCAGCUCAGCUGACGAUCUGAAGAAGAGCGGUCGGAGCGGCAGCGGAUCCACUCUCAGUAAGUCUGACUAUGUGGAAAUCCAAGAGGCAGUGAACCACAGUAUGGAGGACUUCAGAUCAGAGGCCAGGAAAACAGGAAACUGCACCCUGGCCAACACUAACUAUGUAAACAUCACUAAGAUACGUACAGAUGUAUAAUGCGAGCUCGGAUGAUUUACUUCUGCUGGGAUCUACAAUAACUGUAGUGGGAAGCUAAAGGUCCGCGUACUGAUAAAUGUAUGGGGCCCAGUAUAGGAGUACAGAGCAGAUCAGUGAGAUUAACUCGGAGAAAGGGUCAACAGAGAAGACCACAUCCUCUCCCAUAUCAUGUUCAUACUAUAGAACUGUCAGCGGUCGUAUUCAGGACAUUGUUAGUGUUUGCAUGGAGUUAGUCUUACCUGUGAAAGUAGUUAUCCUGCCUCCAACAGUAGCAAAAUUGUAGCCUAACCAUAGUAAUCAAUAAUAACAAUAUAAAGGGACCACUAUUUUUUUUUAUCUUCUUUCUCUAAUUGCUGCACAAAGGAUGCAUGAUAACAAUAUUUCAACAAUAUUACAGAUGUGUCAUAACUUAUAAACCUAUUAAAACAGGCCAUUCGAUCAGCAUUCAAGGGCAGCUUUAAUCUGCUGCUCUAACUACGAAGAUCCAAAUACAGAGAAAGAUCAUUUCAACAAGAUCACAGCUGUUCUCUCAAGGGAACACCGAAUUAAGAAACAAAGAACGAGAGUGCAGCACCAAUAUGCUUGUGGCCGUGUGCGCUAGUAUUCAUUCCCUUGCUACAUCUUGUCUAGUACAAGCUAGCAGAGACAAGUAGAUACCAACAGAUAGCCUAAAUGAGUGCUUUGCUGUAAUUCUGUUAUAGCACACCACAUUCUUUUCCUGCCAUUUCUUCUUGAUGAAGUUCAAAAUGAUUUACAGUGUCUAUGCAGGGUGCAUGACUCUUUCCACUCGUAAGCCUUUUCUUGCCUCUAGUUAGUGUAGAUAAGCAGGUGAACAGCAGAACACUGAACAGAGUGAUUGUCUUAAUGUAUUCUACUAAUGAGUGUUUUUUAAAGUAAUAUAAUUAAUUUAUGAUCAGCGUGGUCUUAUUACAUAUAUUUUCAUGGUCUUAAUGUUGAAAGAAAUACUCUUUUGAGUGAGAGUUUCCAGCCUCUUUGCUGUAACUUUAGAGACGUCUUUUAGACACGCAGUUAAACGUGUUCAGCUUGACACCACUGCCCAAAAUAAACGUUGCUGUUCUUGACUUCAAAGCAUUCCAUGUGUGUAGGAAUAGAUACAAUGAUUUUGUGGGCAAGUUGCUGACAUUCUGUUGCAUAUAUCAACACAGCUUAGGGCUCAUGAACAACUAAAAUGUAUAUAUGUCAUUUUUAAGCUUCAGCUUUAGUGCCAGCAUUACUGCAAGUCUGCUUACGACAUCUUUAGCGGUUAGCUGUUAAAACAGAGUAAUCUGACCUAAUCAAGCUGCUUCAUAGUGUUAUCCUUUAACGGCCUCCAUCCUCUAAGGAAGACAUCAAAAGGGAACAUUUGUUUUCCUCUGAAUGUGGAAAAAAACAAAAAUGUUUUUCUUUUGUUAUGUGUCACCACCUGCUAAAUUGUAUCUUGGUUUGUAAAAGACAUCAAUUUUGUUUUGUUAAUUUUGUGUACAUUAUUUCUUUCCUUUUCUGGACCCGAUUUCAGAAAUCAUUCCACUGGCCCAACAUAUUUAACUAACCAAAACUUAUGCAAUUCUGAUUUUGCAAAGCUGCAUGUCCUCAAAAGUAAUCAUUGUUGCAUGCAUUAAUAUAAAUAAUAUUUGACAAUAAAGAAAGAAAACUUACUUAAUUACAUACAUGGACAGUUCUAAGCUAGAAAGGGGAGUGUGUUCAUGUGGUGACUUAUUAGCUACCUCCAGUGUAGGAGAUCAAAAGGAUAACAAAAUCCUGAGCUCUUCGCUUUUCUAUUUGUUAUAGUCUGUUGCAGUUACAACUUAGUAUCUAUGUGUCAUGAAAGCACACCAUCUGCUGCCAGCUCAGUGGAUGCACUGAGAUUUAUAGCUGACCAGUCAGAGUUUUUGCUCACCCAAGUGUAUUUGUAAUGCUCCAAGGCGCUGUCUAAGUGCUGCCAUCUCUAACAUAUAGGUCCAUCAACCUCGGUGUGUAAUAUUUUCUGGGUGAGAGAGCUUAUGAGAGAGAAAUAGACUCAGACACAAAGGGACUGUGAGAGAAACUGAGAGCUUUCAGAAACACACAUGCUGACGUCACUGUGGUAGCAGUUCUCAAAUGCUCCUCUCCUUGUUUCCAGGCUAGAAUGACAAUGGUGCUCAGUGUUAGCCGAGUGUUUACAGCCUAUGUACUGUAUAUAUUAAACACAUGCACAUAGUAUAUUAAACAAAGAAAACUGAAAGGAAACACUCCGUUGUGAUGAUGUCCACAAGUACGUGUGGACCUGUGAGAUAAGUUACAGUAUCUGCAAAGGCAAGUUACUGGGAACUGAAGACUUAAAAUAGAAGGAAGUAGAGCAAAGUCGGUAAAGGGAAGUAUGAUAAUUCAAGUAAGACAACACUGCCGCAAUUUUCUCCCUUGUAUCUUUCUUAUGUGUAUUUGCAUUACUAUGAGCUGCUCCUGUGUAUAGGAACACCUACUUAUAUAUGUCACUUUAAGCUUAGGCUGGACUGCUGUCUUUGCUGCUCUUCUUAGCAAGCAUACAACACCUGAAAUGACACUCUGUCAAGAUAACACACUCUCAGAGAAACCAACAGCAUGGCACAUCAGGAUCUAAGUCAUGGAUAACACGUCUUUGCUGUACUGCACAACACGAACGGACUGAUACACAGACACACAUUCAUGCAAACACUGGGCAUUGUAAAACAUACAGACAGUGUACACAGAUGCUUAUCCGUGAGAGGUAAUCUUAUGGACACGUCUGGCAGACUUCACUGCCACAAUGGACUUAAACCUGCCGAUUAUGGGGUUUACACAACUGUAGCCAUGUAAAUGUAUCUAAGAGUUAGAGCUGCUUUAAUGAUGUCGUCAAGCACCUAAUGCUUUAAAACCAGACUCUGCCAUGUAUUGGUUGCUGCGUAAUAGAAAAUCCAUGAAACUAAUUUGCUUUGUCAGAAGUGAUUAAGUCCUAUUGUUUUUCACUCUGUUUUUAUAUUUGAAUGUCAUAAUUAGCUGCCUUUGAGCCUCAGAAGUGGAUGGACUGAGGUUUGAUGCAAACACGUGCAGACCUUGGUCAAAUAAAUUCUGUCUCAGUACAAAGAAAACCACUCACUCUGCUCUAUCUUCUUCAAAUGUUUGACAGGCAAAACCAUGUGUGAAUGAAAUAUAAGAUAAUCCUCAGCUCAUUGACUGUAUUGUUGUCUAUACUUACAGCUGUCUAUGCUCACUAUAUGUACAAGGAUUGUUUUAUCUGCUAUUGUAUGCAAAAGAAGGAACCAAGAAUCAAGCUGUAUAUUAUUACACCCAAAGAAAUAUGGAUUUGAAUGUCUGCAAUGUCCUUAACAUGUCCUAGGAACAUAAACUAAAAACAGAAAAUAUCUAUUCAGAGAUACUUUCAUUAUUUAAAAUAAAUGUAUAUU